ACCUCCUGUGAUCAACAAGAAAUAUAUGCAGGAGCAGACUAUAACUACUAUAAAGAGACUUUAUGGUGAAAAAAUGAGGAGUUUGAAAUCCCAGUUGGAAGCUUACCGUGAACUGAUGAACAAGAACAGCACACAUUGGCAAACUACUGUUAAGAGCCUGAGGGAAAGAAACACACAACUGAGCCAAGACAAAGAAGAUCUUAUUCACCAAAUGAAGCAACAAACAGAAAAAUUGGAAGAACAAAAGGUCUCCAUUCUAGAAAAUCUGUCAAAAAAAAUAAAACUUCUUUAUACCCAGCACACACUGACUUUGCAGGAACUUCACACCAUCAGUCUAUAUGUGGAGAGAGUGUGUGACCUCAUCAAUUUCCAGAUAAAAAUUCUUCAACAAAAGUCUGAAAAGACAGAAGAAGAAAAAGCUGAUGUGCCAGUGAUUUUAAAAUUAAAGGCAGAACAAGCAGCUAAUGAAGAGAAGCCUGAAUGCUUAAUGGAAACAGAACCUCUUUGGCAAGCACACAUCUUGUUGCAAAAGAUACAGGAAUCUUUACAGAAGCAAGAGAGAGAAGUCAAUGAGACCCUAGAAAGUGAAAGAAGAUAUUACGAAGCAAUGAAACCUCAAAACAAGGUGCUAAUAUUCUUGAAAAAUCUUGCCAAGAAGGUUCACACCAUAUAUUGUGAUGUCCCUGAGGCACAACAGUAUAUCAGCCAGCUUAUCAGAAAGAACGAGGAUGAAAGGGCUGAUCGGAAAGAAGCCUUUAAUAAUGCUCAGGCUGACAUUCUGUCCUAUGAAGUAUUUUAUGGAAAUGAACCCAUGGAUGACAAAAGGACUGAGCUCUCAACAAAGCUUUUCAGAAAUCUUGGGAAAGCAAAAUCUGAGUUUGAAUAUAUUGAAACAGAGAAGAUUGUUUUUGAUUGUAUACGGACAGGAGAAAUCCCCAACUGGAUUAAAAGGGAUUGUCUUUAUGUAGCCUUGGCAGGUGAGAAAUCCUUUUGUCAAUUCAAAGAAAGCUAAUUUGCUCAACUAACUUUUGAAUAUAAGAAAACAGUUAAAGACACCUAGAGCAUGCUGCAGUCAGAU